GACGACGCCAGUGUGUGCGUCGCGACGCUCAAACACACACGCGUCGAACGUCCGGAGAAAGCACGUGUUUUUUUUCUCUCACUUGAAACGCGAGUGAUUUUCUAGUGUGUCCAGUGGUCGGAAAAACAUUAAAGUUUAUUUACAAAAUGCUGGUGGAUUUUCACGAGAUAAAUUCGUAGAUUUAAAGCAGCGAUAAAUAGAGUGCCAGUCAGGAUGUCGAGCGAACCGGAUAUGAAGUUGAAGGAACAUUCAUCAGGGACGGUUAGGAGGAAACACCGAUCGCGAUCUACCCCAAGAUACAACGAUGUGGAAAAACCGAGGAAAAAGAGACACAUCAGUGCGGCAACGUCGCUGGUGACGCUCCCCAACACGAUUAAAUUGUCCAUGCUUAACAGUGGACUUCUGCCUACUAGCAGAUAUAACAUUGACUUUUUCUUUGGUGUGAAAGCCGCUGUUUUGGCUCUUCUGAAUAAAAUAUUUCAGUUGGGUUCAAGUUUAAAAAUCGCGAGAACCAACCCUCCCAAUUGUGAUCCCCCUUUUGUUCCAGAUGAUUACAAUAGGGUAGUUCUAGAAACGAUAGAGGGCGAACACGAUUCGGACUACAUAAACGCAUCUUAUGUCGAUAGUUUAUUGAAGCCUAACGCUUACAUUGUAACCCAAGGACCAACUGAAGAAACGGUUACUGAUUUCUGGCGAAUGGUGUGGCAGGAGAAAGCCUCCUGUAUUGUAAUGCUGACGAAAACCUUUGAUUUUAUCAAGGUUAUGUGUGUGCAAUAUUGGCCCGCCUCCAAGGAGUUGGAGGAGACUUAUGGAGGGAUUAGUAUAGGGAUUAUGCAGGAGGAGGAAUUGGCCAAUUUUCACAUUCGCACGUUUCGAUUGACGAAGAAGGAGAAAGAAGAAGUGGUUGAGGAGCGGUUUAUCCUCCAGUUCCACUUCACCGAAUGGCACAGUCACACGUGUCCUUUCAGCAACGCCGUUUUGGAGUUCAGGAGGAGGGUGAGGGCGGUGGUGGGGCACAGGAUUAAGUCAAACGAGGCGGGGCCUAUGGUGGUCCAUUGCAAUGAUGGAGGGGGCCGAUCUGGGGUUUAUUUGGCCAUUGACGCCAAUAUGGAGUUGCAAGAGGAGGAGGACAAGUUUGAUGUUUUCGGGUAUUUGAAAAAGUUGAGACAGUCGAGGAAAGGGCUUGUUGAAAAUGUGGUAAAUGAAAACGGCUCACUCGUGGCCACCAUCACCGACAGCCCAAUCGAACUCAAAGAUUACAUCAAAGUGUGCGAAGAGAGACGAAAAUUUCCAGUGUUGUACAAACUGGAGUUUCAGAUUGCAAUUAAAGUGGAGACUCACUCCUGCCGCCACGGCACCAGGAGGGCCAACCUCGAGAAAAAUCAGAACCAAAAAUGCAUUCCUUCUGACAAUUUCCGGCCGUAUUUGACCUCAUUCCAAGGCAACAACUACACGGAUUACAUCAACGCCGUUUUCGUCGAUGGUUACACCAAACCUCGGGAGUACAUCGUGACCGAAUGGCCCUUGAAAUCGACUUGUGGUGAAUUUUGGUCGCUGGUUUACGACUACGAGUGUUCAGCUGUUGUCGUUCUUUGCGUUCCGCCGCAUAAUUCGAUUUUGGCGCAGCAACAAUUCCCGUCGUUCUGGCCCGAGGGCCGCACCCCCAAGAAGUACGGCCCUGUCUUCACCAUCGACCACAUCUCCCACAACCAUUACACCAACAUCAGGACUUGGGUGUUCCGAAUCAACAAGAAAAUCGUCUCUUUGACCGAGUUGAUGGCCGGCGUCAAGGCCCCCCCGAAGACAGUCCAACUCUUCCAAUUGACCUGCUGGCCCAUGGGCCACAAAGUGCCCACUUCGACCAACUCCCUCGUCGAGCUUAUGAACAUGGUGGAGAGGUGGCGCCAGCGGACCGACUACGGCCCCGUUUGCGUCGUUUCACCAGAUGGGAGGAGUCGGUGUGGGAUUUACUGUGCGGCCAAUGCGUGCAUCGAACAGGUGAUCCAACACGGGGAAGUCGACGUGUUUCAAGCCGUGAGGACGGUGAGGAGACACAGGCCGCAAUUGGUUGAAAAUAUUACUGAAUAUAAGUAUUGCUACGAUGUUGUCCUCCACUACGUCCUCCACUACUUGCAAAAAGACUUAGAAGAAAUGAAAAUUAAGAGUAAGCAAAACUAAGGCCAAUUUAAGUAAAAAACUCUAUUUUGGGAUAAAAGUCUACCGCUAUGUCUAUUUUUAUUUACUAUUGUAUACUCUGUAAUAAUUAAAGGAAAACUGUUGUGUUAUUUUUUAAAUAAAAUUGUUGAAAAUCGCAA